GGAUUCCGGGAUCGGGAAUUGCCGUGUCCUGGCGUUAACGGUGUCCUUCCCUCGCAGACACUACCCCAAGCAAUCCUUCACCAUGGUGGCAGACACGCCCGAGAACCUGCGCCUAAAGCAGCAGAGCGAGCUCCAGAGCCAGAUCCGCUACAAGGAGGAGUUUGAGAAGAACAAGGGGAAAGGUUUCAGCGUGGUGGCCGACACCCCCGAGCUGCAGAGGAUCAGGAAGACUCAGGAUCAGAUCAGCAACAUCAAGUACCACGAGGAGUUCGAGCGGAGCCGGAUGGGCCCCAGCCCCAGCGAGGGCUCGGAGCCGGAGCGCCGCAAUUCCCAAGAUCCCAGCUCAGGAUCCACCCAGAUCCCAGCUCAGGAUCCACCCAGAUCCCAGCUCAGGAUCCACCCAAAUCCCAACUCAGGAUCCCCGUUUUCCUCCCCAGUUUUCCAGCAGCAGCAGCAGCAGCAGCCGCCUCCAUCCCAAUCCUACGGCUACAAGGAGCCGGCGGCUCCGGCCUCGUCCCAGCGCAACGCCCCGGCCGGAGGGGGGAAGCGUUUCCGCGCCGUCUACGAUUACAACGCGGCGGACGAGGACGAGGUGUCGUUCCAGGACGGGGACACCAUCAUCAACGUGCAGCAGAUCGAUGACGGCUGGAUGUACGGCACGGUGGAGCGCACGGGCGACACGGGAAUGCUCCCGGCCAACUACGUGGAGGCCAUCUGAGCCCGUGUCCCCUCCCCGUGUCCCCUCCCCGUGUCCCCUCCCCGCGUCCCCUCUGUGUCCGGUUUCUGUCGCCAGUUCUGCUCCCGGGUGGCCCCGCGGGGGUUGAGGGACCGUGUGGGGAUCGAUCUCCCAGGGUUUUCCUGCUCCCGUCGCUCCUGCCCGGCCUCUCCCGGGAAACCCCCGGAUCCCGGAAAAGGGAGGGAGAGGCCGCGGCGGGACCAAAUUGCAGCUGUGGGGUGGGAGAGGCGAGGGGAGCUCGUUCCGAGGGUGCCCCUGGGCUCAGGGAUGGGAUGGCGGCUCCUCCUGUUCCCGGCUCCUCCUGUUCCCGGCUCAUCCCGCUCCCGGCCCAGCCCCAUCCCACUCCCGGCUCAUCCCUCUCCUGUUCCCGUUCCCGGCUCAUUCCGCUCCCGUUCCCGGCU